UCAGAAUACCUCGCCCGGCGAGACGAGCACGGGUCCCAAGAGCGGGCAGCGGACGACAGCGAGACAGCCCCCGACAUGUCUACAGACCCGAACCCCAACUCCUCCAGCCGUCAUGAGAAGGGAGAGCGGCACCUGGGAUUUGAGGGCCUCUACUUGAACAUGCGAGCCGCUCACGGGGAUGGCCGUGACCUCUCUGAGCUGCUCCGGGAGAGGGCUCUAGUGGAAGAGUCCUGCUCCAAGUUGCACAGCAAGUUGUCUCGCAUGGCCGCGAUCAACAACCACACGGGGCCGCUGGUGCCGCUCUGGGGCUCCCUGCGAGCGCUGGGCGACAAGCAGGGCGCCUGCCACCUGCAGCUGGCGCGGCGCCUGCACGAGGCGGCGCGCGCGGUGGCGGCGCACGCGGAGAGCCACGGGCGCACCCAGAGACAGGCCAAGCAAGAGGCGUCCCGCACACUGGACGCGCUGCACGGCCUCGACGGCGCCGUGCUCGCCCUGCAGCGCGGCCGCUCGCACCUCCAGUCGCGCAGCGCACACCUGGAGCGCCUGCGCAGCGAGGGGGCCGCGUCCCACGCCCUGCAGAGGGCCGAGAGCAAGUGCAAGAAGUCGGGCGAGGAUUACCGGCGCCGUCUCGAGCACUACCGCGCGCUCCGGGCCGCGUUCGAGCAGCGGGUCGCCUCCACGGCACAGAAGUUCCACACACUGGAAAAGUCGCACGUCACGCAGAUGAGGUCCUUCCUUCAGACCUACGCGCAGACGCUGUGGGACACCCACGUGCAGAUGGGACAUAUGCACGUGGAGUUCCAGCAGUGGUUGGACAUUCACACGGCGGAGGAGCUCAUGAGGCUGAGUCCACGCGUGGGACCCAGCACGGAGAGGCAAGGCCCCGUUGAAUCACAGGAAUGUAACUCAGCCACCAUGAUGGAAGGACUGAAAAAACGGACUAAGCUCACGUUUGGGAUUAAGAGGAAAGACAAAGACUCCGAGUCCACAGGCUCUCAGGAUGCCGACCAGAAGCGCUCUAACGGCGCUCCUGACGGCUUCUACACCGAGAUUGACUGGCAGCGUUAUACGACCCCGGAGGUGGACGAUGAAGGCUACAGCAUCCGCCCGGAGAUUGAGCUGAACGACCCCAAGACGAACUGCUUCUACUCGUCGAGCGACUCGGAGGAGGAGGCCAGGGGGGGCAAGGCCGGCGGGGGCGGCGGUGGCGGCGGCGACGGCGGCGGGGGGGGCGGUGGCCGCCGCCGUAGGAGACGGCUCUACGUGGAGAUCAAGCCCCCCGAGGAGGCGGUGGGGGGCCCGGACCCCACGGCGGCAGCGCAGGAGCUGAGGGCGUCCAUCUGCAACAUCGCCCUGCCGCCGUCGCCUGCCAUUGCACUCAAGAAAGGGGCAGCGCACAACGAAGACAUCGUGAGGCAGAGGCGCUCCACGCCCACCCCACCGCCGCUCGCCGUCGCCGCGGUGACGGCCAAUCAGCUCUUCCCGUCGGACCCGCUGUUCGGGCCGCCCCUGGAGGCGAUCCCGCAAGCCUUCGCGACGGAAGCUGGCAACAGCCAGUCUGAUAUUUGGGGGGCCAGACCUCCGCAAGCCCCCCCGGAGGGCACGGCCAGCCCACAAACGCCCCCGCAGCUGGGGUCCCCUCCCCGGCCGCCGGCAUCGACGCCGCCGCCGCUGCCGGACGGGGGGCCCCCCGAGGAUGAAGGCCCCCCCGCGUCUCCCGUGGCGGUGGGGGGCGGCGGCCCCCAGGAGGCCCCCGUCAUCACGGCGGCAGGGGGAGGGGCGCCCUCCCUCGGCGGGGACGAGGCGCCGACGAGGUCGAGCGAGACGCCGACGGAGACCGACGGAGGUGCCCCGGACAAACCCCCGUCCCCCGACGAGGCCCAGCGGACGGCAACGGUGGAGCCUUGCGCGUCACCCAGCGAGCCGGAGGGCAAGGCGGAGACACCCCCGGCGGCGGGCGGCGUCGCCACGAACCCCGAGGGCCCGACGGCCGCAGCGGCAUCACCGCGGCCGCCCGGGGAGGCCGCCGGCGCGGAGGGAACGGCGGCGGCAGAGCCGGCGCUGGCGGCAGAGCCGGGCGGGCCCACGAGAGACUCGGAGGCCACGCCCGCCGAGCCCCAGAUCGUGGUGCAGUCUCCCGUGGCUCCGCCCACAAUGGCGGACUCCGCUCCGGCCUCGCCCCUCCCCCUGUCAAUCAGGCAGAAGAUCCCGCCCACAAAGCUCUACUCUGACAUUCAGAAGCGCCCGUUCAGCCCCCCCCCUGGGCUCGCACCCCUCGCCAGGGCCGAAAGCACCUCAUCCAUCUCCUCCAACGCGUCUGCCAGCAACGCCACCACUCCCACCGUCGACUUUGAUCAGCUCAAGAUGGUUUGGUUUGACAGGGGGAAGUUUUAUUUCACCUUUGAGGGAGCGUCCCGGGGCCCCAGCCCGCUCACGCUCGGCGCCCACGACACGCUGCCCGUGGCCGCUGCCUUCACCGAGACCGUCAACGCCUACUUCCGCGCCGCCGAGCAGUGCAUGGUGAAGAUCACGGGGGAGCUCACCAUCUCGUUCCCCUCGGGCAUCACCAAGGUGUUCUCGGGGAACCCCUCCCCAGCCGUGCUCAGCUUCCGCCUGCGCAACUCGGCACGCCUCGAGCAGCUGCUGCCCAACCCGCAGCUCCUCUACAGCGACCUCUCGCAGAGCGACUCGGAGACGCGAGACUUCUGGCUGAACAUGCCGGCGCUGUGCUCCUACCUCAAGAAGCUGUCGGAGCAGAGUCCCUCCGCCACCUACUACAACGUGGACAUCCUCAAGUACCAGGUGUCCGCAGGAGGAGCGGACGCGGCUCCGCUGCUGCUGGAGCCGAGCUGGCGCUGCGAGGAUGCGCGCACGAGCCUGCGAGUGGCGUUCCGCUACAACGGCUCCGCCAUGGCCUCGCCCUCCCCCAUCACCAACCUGCAGGUCGUGACCCCCGUCGGGGGCGGGGCCACAGACAUGCAGGCCACUCCCCCCGCCACCUGGAAUGCUGAGCAGAACUGGGUGCUUUGGAAGAUUCCAGAAAUCUCCGAAAAAUCAGAAGGCGGAGGCUCGGGCGUGCUCCAGGCGCACUUCUCGGUGGCGGACGGCCCCACGGUGCCCGCGACGCUCGCCGCUCAGUUUGUGAGCGAGGGGUCGUCGCUGUCGGGCGUCGAGUUUGAGCUUGUCGGGGGCGGCUACCGCCUCUCGCUCGUCAAGAAGCGCUUCGCCACCGGCAAGUACAUGGCUGACGGCUAAGGACUCGUUCGUUGCCACAGAAACUCAACCUCUCUUCCCAUCAACCCGUGCUCCUCUCACCCAACCUGUGAACUCUGACCUUUGGGCACCACCGCCACCACCAAGUUUGUCCCGUGUGCUCGUUACUCCGUAAUUUUGGUCUGCCGGCCACGACGCUCGGCGUUACCCUGCGCGCUGGUGCAGAGCGCGCAAGAAGUGUGCUUGCUUGCGCCAACACACGCGCACGCACACGCACGCACACGCGCGUGCUCGCUUACGCCAACGCACGCGCGCGCACACACACGCGUACGCAUUUACAAUAAAGCGUAUACUACAUAUUCAGCAUAUAAUUGCCCGAGCAUAUGCAAACGUGCCAGGGAUCAAAAACACACGCGUACGAGGGACUAUACGUACACGGACACCAAGUCUGUGACAUCUCCCCGUGCCCCCCCACGAAGCCUUGCAGGCUGUUGGGAAGGGUGCUGCUAUUCGUGAGAACACGUUAAGGCCGGCACGGCGCAGGGAAUGGGGACCGGAGGGGGGGGCGUCUCCUCGUUGUCGAUGUCGCCCCCAGCACCACCUCAACGGGUGCUCAUUUGAAGGGCGAGUCAAGCUCGAUAGGCCAUGCUUAGAUACAAGUGCUGCUCCUGCUGCUUCUGAUGAUGAUGAUGCAGUGGUGUAGCGUGGAGGGGCCCCCCUACCGCACUCCUGUUCACAACUUCCCCCCCCCUCCCCAUCCCAGUCUUCGUAACCCUCUCCAGCGAAUGGGCCUCUCCCUGCAGUUGCACGACUCGCACGUUUGAUAAGCGGCACCGCUGUGAUUGCGUGCGCGUCGUCAGCAGCAGUUUGACACUGCCCCUCCCCCCGUUCCAAGUUGUUGAAGUUGUGGGGUUUGUAGCACGGUGCUGCUUAAGCGACUGCCACACCACACACUUCCUAUUGAUACGGUAGAGAGAACAAAAGCCCCACCGUGUGUAGCCGCACCGACUGUUAGAGCAAGUGCUGUUAACUAGCACGUGAACGAAGGGCGGCACGGCACAAGGGGGGGGGGGGGGUGGGUGUCGGAUGUGGGAGGGGUGGUCAUGUAAUCAGUGCCCGGCUGCCCAGUGAGAUGGUGUUUCACGCACCGCGCCAGCUACUCGCAUCAAGCUGAGUAUCAACCUCGUCCGAGGCCAAGAACCGGUUCAGAUAUUUUCCACUGACGUUAGUCGAACAGUCGAGCUCGGGUUGUUGGUUUUUUUGUAGCGCGGCGCGCUAACCACUGCAUCACUCGAACGCUCCCCGCUGCGUGCCGUACAGACGCACUGACACGCGCGCACAAAUGACAGCGUGUUGCUCGCGCACGCACGGAGCAGUCGUGCGCGCAGCGUCGUAUGCUUAAGUUGCCCUCUCGUCUCCUCGACCGGUUGAUCGCGUUGUGUUGAAGCUGUGACCGACGCGUUAUUUAUCUGAAGCAGAACAAACGUCCGUCAGCUAGGCGGCAACGGCCGGCGCCGAAUGGGGAAAAGGAAAAAAAAGUACAAAACGAACACCAAAAAAAAAUGCAUUUGCUUUUUUUAUUUUAUUUAAAUAGCGGACCGAGUUUGAAGUAUUGUGGCGAGCUUUGCUGUGGACGUUGUGAUGAAGUGAGUUUUAAAGCGGAGUAACGUCGGCGAGAGAAAGGAGGAGGCCUUUGUCGUCGCGUUGAUCGCCAGCGUUCGUACGCGACCAGGUGCUUGGAUCCCCCACUCCAUGACGUACCACCUCUCAAAUAAAUGUCGACGAUGUCAUCCGCACGCACGCCGAGUAUUACGCUGCAGGCGGUUUGGCCCACGGAGUCGAAUUUCCGACUCGGCUCACAGGCGCCGUCCGCCGUCGCAAAGGCUUUCAAGAGAUGACAAUCUUCUGAAUGAUCGUGUUUAAAUUAAUUAAUGAUGAUUGUUACAUAGUGUUCGAAAAUUUUUUUUUUGGGCUGCUACCACGCUGUGAUGGUGAGCGCACGGGACUUGCAAUCCAGAGGUCGACGAUUCAGCCUCCUGGAGCGGCAGUUGAACACAAUGUCCACCCAGCUGCACACACAUGCGUACACCGGUAGUUAGACGAUCGCCAGCUCAUGUGUUGUGGGGUAACGUGUGGGCACUCCAUCUCUUCCGAGGCCACCGUGAAAGAACAGGCCACACAUUCAUAGAGAGAGAGGGAGGUUCUACGAGCUCUCCCGUAGAGACCGUCCUGACAGCAGUGCUGUGAGCAAGCAAUUGCAGGGCUGCACAUUUACCAUCGAUAAUUAAUUUCGCUUAUUGGCAAAGUCUGGUUUAUAUGGUAGCAUUGUUGAUGAAGCGCGGCAGCAUUCCCAAUCGUGAGUUGGUGAGUUCAACUCCUAGCCAGGGUUGGAUCAUCAUUAUCAUCACCAACCAUCUUAGGGUUCUAAUAUGAACGGCAUCAAGUAGGACGUUGGUGGUUGUAAUUAUGUUCAUCAAAGGACGACUAGGGUCCUGCCAUAAGAAUGUGGAAUCACUGCCACUGGCUCGGGAAACGCUGUUCUCCCCUGGAAGUCGCCCUCGAACGAGAGCUGUACAGCGCAGGAGGCUUAACCGUGAUCAAUAAUAAAAACUUUACCUAUUUUUAUUUUACCAGCUAAGGCCCCCACUGAGCUCUGUAGCUCUUUUUCAGAGGCGACCUGGCCACAAAUGAUCGCCCAACGAGAAGUGGCUUAUCACGUGGAAAUUUAUAGCAGCCAAAUGCUGUAAACGCCCACGUUUCUAAAUGUGGAGAGAAAACCGGAGGGUCGGGAGAAAAAUCUACGCCAUCACGUGGAGAACAUACAAACGCCAACUGUACAGACGUUAGGGUCGGGAUCGAAUCCACGACCUCCUGUAUACCAAGCGAGCUAGUUGACAUCUGGCCACCACGGCGCCCCAAUCCACGACUGACUUCUGACCCUUCGGCUAACAUGAACGCUGCUUGGUACUCGAUCGGACUGAAGUCCCUGACUAGAAUGGUGAAGUAUGGUCAAACAAACCCCCAUGACCGACGUGACAUCGGGAGGCCCGUUAUCCAGCAGUGGUUUCAUCGGGCUGCGACUGAUUCAUUAUUAGAGCAAUUGUGAAGAGGAACUAAGUUUGAAGAUGGCGAGGGACUUCAGAGCAGAUGUGUCAAGAGGCAAAGGGUGGUUUAUUAUUACUCAUAUGGUACGAAUUUUUAUCAACCCCAGAGGAGAGCUGACGAUGGUAUGUGUAUUUACGUAGAACUUCUUUCGCAUCCUACGUAGCCAGCCAUGCCAAUCGGAGGUAAUCAUGGUGAUGAUGAUGACGAUAGGUGGAGUUGACCCCUGACCUGGAUUUGAAUUUCCCAUGUCUGAUUGCAAGUGGAGGGGUUCAACCACUUAGCCACGUGCGCCCCCUUUGCCCGUCGCCGUACCUCCAGGCAUUGCCGAUCGGCUUCUUGCGAGCAAAGCGCUCAUUUCCGCAGGGCUUUUUGUUUUCGUCGCGCACAGGGCAUUUCGGUUCGCGAGUUCGAAAACGUAAAAGCUACGGCGGCCGCUCGUCGUUAAGUCCUCCGCUAGCUCCUGACGACGCAGGCGAUUAGCGGGCUCAAGUCCAUCGACCGUCUCAAUGUAAAGUGACGGUUGUUUGCUCUCCAUCUCUCUAUCAACAGCAGCAGCGGCAGCAGCCAUGCGACGACGAUGAAGGUGAAGGCCUGUGCGUUGGUGCAUUUCCCUCUCGGUGCAGAGAUUUGAGGUUCGAACCCCCGUGGCCACCCUGGUUAACACUGCGGGUGUAUCAACUAUGGAAUAUAUGCGCUGUACACUUGGCGGUGGAUUUUAAAGAUGCUGCGGCGUUUCUGCUGGCGUCACAGCACGAACUGACUCAAAAUUGUCCGCCAACGACUCGAUUGUGAGAAAACGUGGCCAGAUCGCCUCCGAAUGUACAGCUACUACUACUGCCAACCUGUCGAGUUUAUUUGGUUUAACCAGGCGAGAACUUGAGAGACCGGGUUAAGUCUCGUCGUGGUGGCCCCGGUCACACUCUUGCGAGCGCUGAACAAAAUAGAGUAUCGUAGUGAAGCCAUUUAGAAAUCCGAGCAAAACAUUCUCACGUGGGAAACUGGAAAAUGUUGCACGAUCAUCAAUCGCUGAUUAUAAGUUUGCCUGCAGCGCAACGUCUGCACGGGCAGAUGAUUUUGAAACUGAUCGCUGCACAAUUUAUGUUCGAAACAUUAAACAGACGUUGAGUGACUAUCGCGCCAAUAUGUAAACGGGCGGGCUGUGCGCCAAAUGCAAUUCGCAAGCAAAGUAAUCACAAAUAAUCGACAGCUGUGCAUACAAUGCACUUAAGUGAUUAUGUUGUAUCUAAGCUGGAGGGUUUUGAUCCUCCUUUCGUAUGGAUAGGGAUUGAGUGGUGGCUAUAAAUCCGUGUCUGGGUUAUGAAUGCAGCUGCUUCCAGGCAGAAUGAGGCUGCCAGGCAGAAUGAGGCAAUCCCACUCGCGACUUUGGAGAUCGUUCAAAGUGGACACAGGUUCACACAGAAACCCAUAGAGUCAAAGAUGAAGACAAAGAUCCCCCGUAUAGACUUAACAGACUGUUGGGGGAAGUGCUGUUAGCGAGCACCUGUGAAGGUCAGAACGGUACACGAGGAGGUUGGUGGCCAGCAGCACGUCUGACCACCUUUGUGUCCCCAGUAGCGAUAUUUAUACACCGCACCAGGUACUCAUUUGAGGCUAAGUAGACGUUGGGGAGAUUCAGGACCGGUUCAGGCAAUCAUCACUGGUGUUAGCCGUGAGCGGGAGUCGGACCCGGGUCGCCGGGCUCGUAGCGCAGCGCGCUAACCGCUACCACCACUCCUCCAUAGAGUCUCGCAGCGACUCACAGACUUGCACAAAGACCCAUAACGGAGACCCAUCAACUCGCACAUCCGGCGAUGAUCAUCGGUGCGUUGGGAUAUGGCCGAGCAGACCGAUCUUGACAUCCGUAUGCUCGAUCGCAGACAAUGGCAGGUGGUUCAGAGGGGACGGAGUGUGGGGCCCUGUUGAUGUAAUGCCGCUGCUCUCCCCCCCCCUCCUCCGCUCGUCGCUGCCAUUUAUCUGCCGCCUUGACGAGGUGAAUAAUUUUCUCGGGCGACCGGCGCCGAUGGGGGACGCUGCAGCGCCUGGGCUUUCCCGAGCAUCGGUUCGUCCUCCAAAAAAAUCUGCCCGAACCAACUUGCACCGGGGGGGGGGGGGGGGGGGGGGCAUUUAAGCGUGCGACGCAGUUGUUUUUGUUCUGAUUUCUAUUUGCUGCAUUGCCGUGCUUGAUUUGCUUCUUGUCAUUUUAGCGAGCCGGGUCAUGCUCGCAGGUGAGACGAUGUCCCGGUUGAUGAAGUUCCCCGCGUAGUUACACAAAUAACCUUGGAAACUUUAACCUCGAGCAAGGAAAAGCGGUGGGGAAAUGCCCCGUAGGCCUUUAAUCGUCUGAAGCAUAGCUCCUUCAUGACGUGGUGUGAGCACCAAAAGUACUGGUGUGCUAAAGAGAGGGCACACUUUCGAGUUUUAGUCGUCAUUCUUGCCAUAACAUGUUUGACAGUAGACUGACACUUGAGCAAAAGGUGAAAGUUUUGGAGUGGUUAUUGAAAUGCGAAUCUCCAAUCACUUUACAAUGACAUUAUUGCAGACAGUUCAGUUCACGAAUUGGCUUUCUGCUUAGCGCAUGAGAACCCUUGAAUAAUAUUACUUGGAAAACGCUAAGCGUAUGCUCCCAGUCGAUUGCACCUUGAGAUUAGGAGAGUGUUAAACUUUUUUUUGGGUUCCUCGAAAUCAUUUAAAAUCAGGAGAGGCCAGGGCUGGUAGUUGCCAUGCUCCCAGCCUCUGGAACUCCGUCCCAAGUCGUAUCAGGAAUGCUGGCAACAUUCGAAUCUUCUAUGCGACAUUUAGAAACAUAUUGAUUGCUGAAACGCGUAGGAUUUCGCGACUAAUAUUAUCCGUAAUAGUUUCUUGGGUAGGAUCGCGUAAAUAUCAAUGCGUCGUUAAACCCGCCACCACCAAACACAGCCAGUUAGUGAUGUUUCUCACGUAAAAAAAACAUGACAAUUCGUUACAAAUUGUAUAUGUUGUGGGUUUACUCUCCAACACACUGGUUAGUGCUGUACUCUUCACGAAUUGGCAUGUUCUAUUUACAUGACAAACCUUACUAUAGUUGGCUGUCGGGUGGUAGCUGUUUUAAUGAUGCAUUUAUAUUUCGAUUUAAAGCUUUCGUGACUGCAGGGAUUCAUCUUCUUGGUUCUUUCGGUAAAGUCACGUAGAAUGGAAAUAAUAAAAUAAAAAUUAAACAUAAUAAGAUGCAUUUAUAUUUACGCGAUUUAACCCAAAAACCUCUUAUGGAUGAUAUUUGAUUACGAUAUCUGAUCCAUAAGCUGGGCUUAUUUGGCCAAUGGUUUUAAUUAUUGUCAUUGUAGAGCAACCUGGGAUGUUCUCCUUGGAGAGCGCUGUUGUAUAGAAGCAACAAGUGAUUGUACUGAUUGGAGAUCUCCACGCGAUGAAAACGCUCCACGACUUUUUUUUGGUUUGUUGUCCUUCCCUCGCACCUCCGAUUAGCGCGGUUGGCUACGUGCCGUGCGAAAGAAGUUCACCAUUUCUACAUACAACCAUACAUACGUACAAGUGCCAAUCUGCUGUCUGGCAUGUUGCAACGGAGAUUGAUAUCAAGCUCGGGGCUAUCAAAUGCAGUGUGAAAUGAAAAGAAUGACGAGUGUACUGCUUAACCCUUUCCAUGUCUUAAUUCGUUCCGAUGACGUACGUAUGUGUACGUGAUCGGUACGGGACCGUAAGAAAAAAUAUAAUGAAAUAACUUUAAAUAACUUUAUCGAGGGCGUGUGGCAGCAGUUUUGACGCCAGCUAUCAUAGAAGUGCGGUCGUGUCACUUCGGUUCUCUGCGUUGAGUACAAUGUAUUUUAAAAACGACGACGCUAUGCCUCUCUAAAUAAAAUUAACUGAGCUUCUUGCGCGUUCAGAGAUUCGGCGGUGAACGGGACACCCACACACCCUGCGACUUGCAGACAUCUCGGAACGGGAAAGGGUUAACGGUAGCUUUCAUGGAUGAGAAGUUACGGCAUUUUUAAACGGUGGCAAAAAAUUGACGGAAAUGCCCCGUAUUUACGUGCGAUGUCUUUCCUUCCUUCCGCUGCCCAGUUCCCCUUGGCGUGUGCCCUGCAGCUGUUCAUCAUAAGCGUUUUGUGUCUUAUUCUGUCCAGCAUGUCGUACCUUAACUGGUUGAAACAAUUAAAAGUGAACAGACGGAAUAAAUAUGAAGAUGUAUUGUUAUUAAGAAAAGGGAUAAGUUAUUAAAUUACUUUAAAAAAAGACAUAUAUAUAAGAAAUGUGCAGAACAAAUAAGUAAAUGAUGUUUUAUAAUGUAAACAGAUAACAAUGUGCGAAUGACCUUUUGAGGUCACGGGGAGUGCUAGUGUUUUGUUGGUGUGGAAAAUUAUAGUGUUUGAAUCUG